AUGGUGGCAGCCGUGGACUAUCCCAACGAGUUAAGAAAGAAUAGAGUUUUCAUUACUGAGAUGGUUUUUGCUUGUAUAGUGACCAAGUGUUUCGGCUGCAACAACGUGGAGUUGGUUGUGCCCAAUUCUUAUGGUGAAGAGGUGGAAGCCAAGUUCCGGGCCAAUGCGGUUAAUGAGACCGGUAAGAGUAGCGACAUUAUUGACGAUGACAACAAGACGGCCGACGAGGGUGAUGAUAGAAAUGAGCGUUUUGAAAACUUGGAAAAUGCGGCGGCGGCGGCGGCCAACCAGACCAGCAACAGCGGCUUGGAAGAUGCCGACGAGGUUUUGAGCGACGGGAUUGAUGAAGAGUGUCGGAAUAUCGUGGAGGUCAUGAGGAUCAAGAAUGUUCUCGAUAACCAUGGCGAUGAAAAGUGUGAGGCUGUGGUGGUUGAUUCCUUGAGGAAGCUUCAAUCAAUGACUUUGUCUCUCGAGACUCUAAAGGUCACAGAUAUUGGGAAGUCUGUGAGUCCUCUCAAGAAGAAGGAAUCCAAACAGAUUAAGCAGCUAGCCCGGGCAUUGAUUGCGGAUUGGAAGGUCAAGGUAGAUGAAUGGGUCGAGUCUAUAGAAGCUGCUGAAGGUACAGAAUGCACUCCCGAGUCUGCGAAACCACCAGUUGAAGAAGAGGAGGGAGGGCUUCCAUCUCCUCCCAUGGAUGAGGGAGCUUUCUUUACUCUUAGUGCAAUGGAGCUGACUAAGUUCUUUGAUGACUUCGAUGAAGAUGGAAAUCUUCAAAUCAGCUGGGAUUUCAAUGAGACUCAUGAGGAUGGCAGAAAUGCUUCGCGGGGGAACCAAAACGUUCCAAAAUGGUCGAAUGCUGCUCCUACCGAGCAACCAAGGGCACAAGAAGCUGUGGUGGGGAAGCCAACAAUGGCUGCUCCUCAAGAGAGGUAUACUGAGCAUCCAAAGGCACAAGAGGCUGUGGUUAAGAAGCCAACAAUGGCUGCUCCUCAAGAGAGGUUUACUGAGAAACCAAAGGAACAAGAGGCUGUAAUGAGGAAGCCAAUAAUGGCUGUUCCUCAAGAGAGGUAUACUGAGAAACCAAAGGCACAAGAGGCUUUGGUGAAGAAGCCAAUAAUGGCUGCUCCUCAAGAGAGGUAUAAUGAGAAACCAAAGGUUCAAGAGGCUUUGGUGAAGAAGCCAAUAAUGGCUGCUUCUCUGGAGAGGUAUACUGAGCAGCCUAAGGCACAAGAGGCUCUGGUGAAGAAGCCAAUAAUGGCUGCUCCUCAAGAGAGGAACAAGAAGCUAUAA